UGUAAACACUGUCUGAAUUGACUGAAGUGAAGACAGAGUGGUAGCAAAUUAGUGACAAAUUUUUCGCACGAUAUCUUCUGUGUUGAUAAAAUAUAUUUGUUUCUUUGAUCAUUCAAUUCAUUUAAUACAUAAUUCAUUAUGGGUGUUCACGGCUUGUGGAAGCUGCUUGAGCCGUCUGGACAACCUGUGGCCCUCGAGUCGAUGGACAACAAAGUGUUGGCCAUUGACGUGUCAAUGUGGUUGCAUCAAGCACUAAAAGGCUAUCAUGAUGCCAGUGGAAAUGCUCUACCAAAUGCUCACCUUCUUGGUUUGUUUCAUCGCAUUUGCAAAUUGAUGUUCUUUAACAUCAAGCCGGUUUUUGUCUUUGACGGUGGAGUUCCUACUCUCAAACAGCAAACGCUGGCAAACCGCAGGCAAAUGAAAAUGAGGGCUGGCAAACGAGCAGAACAAGAGAGACUAAGAUUGUUAAAAAAUUUAAUGGAACAGGAUCUGGUGCAGCGAGCAAAGGGCAACACUUCAGGAACCAAUUUAAAGUUGCCAGCUGCAUUGAAGAAAAAUGCUUAUUCAGAAUUUCUUCUGCCAGAGGAGGAACCCGAUAUCAUAAGGAGGUUGCGGGAGGAAGAGGAGGAGCAAAGUGAUGAAAGUGAUGAUGACAUUGAAGAAAUCAUCACGUGGGAAAAUUUCAAUCCCAACAGCAAAGAGUUCAAAGCACUGCCUGCGCAUUCAAGACUUGAAGUCUUGAGCCAUUUGAAAGACACUCGAAAGCAGAACUCUUGGGGCAGGAUUCAUGAGAUGCCACAGGAAUCAGACGAUUUUUCAGGUUUUCAAAUGAGGAGACUUCUGCUUCGAAGAUCAGCUCAGGUUGAGCUUGACCUGGUGGAGAAGGAACUUAGCAAGCGGCACACCCUCUCCAUGGAGGAAAUCAAAGAGAUCAUGGCUGAAAAGGGCAGCUUGGCUACCAAAUUAGCAGACAUGGAUGUGGAUUACGGCCAGAGGAUUGCUUCAGAUGAUGUUACUAGAUUCAUUCUUAUAAAAAAUCCAAAUGCAAAAAACGUUGCUAAGCUGGCAGUUGAUGGUGAAGAACAAGAGGACAUUGGAACAGAAGUGACUGUCAAGGAAGAGGUUGAUGUUGAGCCAAUCAGUGUCACAUUCAAAGAAGACAUUGUAAUUAGUGACGAAGAGGAAGAGCUGGCUCGAGUAGGAGCGAUGGAUUUGGGACGUAUUAAGAAAGAGGUGGAGGACAGUGAUUUGACUCAAGAGGAAAUUCUUGUGAUGAUUCAGAAUGAAAAGAGGGAAGUUUCUGACAUGAAGAAUAAAAACUUUGACGUUAACCAGCCCUCUACAUCAAAAGCUUGUGCAAAAUAUCUUGAACCACUUGUUGAAGAGACGCCAAAAGACCCAUCGUUACAAAAAGUUGUCCAGCUGAAAGACGCUACCAAACAUCUUGAUCCAGAGGAAGCUGUGCCAACACGCAGUUCCGCACAAAUAUCUUCUAAACUUGUUAUUAAGGAGAAACCUGUGGAAAAGGACAACAUGAAAUUAUUAAAUGAAGAUGUAUUUUACAGCAAGAAACAAGAAUCCAAGACUGCUGGAAUCAACAACAAAGAAGAAAUAGUUUUUGUCAAAAAUGUGGUUGUAGCAGCAAAAGAGGUGGACAUAGUGGAAGAAAAAGGUAGCUACAAGUCCGCCGAAGAAAAAGAGAUGGUUGCAAAAUGUCUAACUCCCAACACAGCAGAGAAGACUAUAGCAAUCAAUAUAAACCCUGAAAAUGUAUCCAAGGAAGAUGAUUUGUUUGCUGACAUUUUCUCAUCACAAAGUGUACCAGAAAUAGACACUUGUACCCCAUCACCAUCUUCAGCAAUUGGAGUGAUGAGCAGCACUGGCGAGUCGAGUGAAGAUGAAAUCCAAGACGCGGUACAAGAAGAAACUGCAGAAAAGUUACCAGAAACUGAAUUAAAUAAUGGAGAACCAGAAAGCCCUUCAAAUAGCAGCAAAAGCAACUCACUGCCUGAUGUGUCAGAAGGAUCGCAACUAACGAAUUUUCGGAACAUGAAUUUCACAGAUGAAGAACUUAAAAUUUUAGAGGAGAAACUUGCUAAGGAAAGUAGAGACAUUGUCAGCGAGAUUGGUCGACAGGAGAGGAUUGCGACGAACAUCAACGACCAAAUGUGCCAAGAAGCGCAGGAGUUGCUGGCGCUCUUUGGCAUGCCUUACGUAGUGGCGCCAAUGGAGGCUGAAGCGCAGUGUGCUAUAAUGGACUUGCUGUCUUUGACUCAUGGAACCGUGACAGAUGACAGUGACAUUUGGCUUUUUGGAGGGAGGACUGUUUACAGGAACUUCUUCAACCAGACCAAGAAUGUGGAAAGAUACACUUAUGAUACUAUUUGCAAAAGCUUUAAGCUCACAAGGGAUCGGUUGAUUCUAUUAGCCAUGCUGGUUGGCAGUGAUUACACAAUUGGUUUGACUGGCGUCGGUCCUGUUACUGCUCUUGAGAUAAUUGCGGAGUUCUCUGCGAACAGAAAUCAAGAAAUCGCAGACCCUGAAGAUCUACUCAUUCCUCUGAAGAAUUUCAAAGAAUGGUGUGAGUCGAAGGAGCUGACAAAUAUGAGGAGGAAAAGACUGAAGACCUCAUUGAGGGAUGUUUGUUUCCAUGAUGGAUUUCCAAGUGAAGCUGUAGUUAACGCAUACAUUCAUCCCCAAGUCAGUGAGGCCAAAGACAGAUUCAGCUGGAGCAAGCCAGACAUUGAAGGACUGAUUAAGUUCACAGCUGUAAAGUUCGGUUGGAGCAAGACACAUGCCGAAAGUGUGUUAGAUCCAGUGAUCAAGCGAAUGGCGGAGACUAAGGUGCAAGGACGGUUGGAUUCCUUCAUCACUGUCACAGGUCCAAGUAAGGAUCUGGAUUUGGUAGUGAGCGCUAGAGUUAGAAAUGCCAUUAAUCAGCUCAACGGCUUUGCCUCUGUCAGUGAAGUUAAUGUAGAUGAACCUCAGCCUUCAACUUCAAAAGAGGCAACACCUGCUGCACCAGUAGAAAAAAAGAAACCAAAGUCCCAGAAAACAGCAGCCAGCCCUUCAAAGUUGAACGAAUUUAAGAGUCAGUUGAUGAAAAAGCCCAGAGCAGCGCCUAUCUUGAAGCCAACGGCUGAAAAACCAGCAAAGAAAACGAAUGUACCCAAGAAAGAACUGAUACCCCAAAGAGAGAAGGACAAGGAUUCCGCACUGCAGAGCAAACUGAAGGCCAUUGAAAUUUUUCGCAAGAGAAAAAUUGACCCGGUUGUGAAGCCUAAGCGGCCAAAGAGACUAGUCGCCAAGGACAACUACCUCUCUGAAAGCAGUGACAGUGACUGAAUUCAGUGAUUUUAUUAAUUUAUUAAAUAUUGGCAAUUUCAAUGUUUGAAUUAAAGAUGAAACUCUUUUGUUGCAAAUAUUAUA